CGAUGCUGAUGCUGGGCUGCAGCUCAGAGUCUGGUAGUUUCAGCAAUCUGCUUGAGGCAGGAAGCAGUGUGAACGCACCUGCAGAUGCCUUUGGUCAGUCUCCAGCUCACUUGGCUGCUUGUGGUGGUGAAGCUUUUUUCCUGCUUUGGCAACUGCAGACAGGAGCGAAUUUGAACCAACAGGAUUGCCUUGGAGAAGCCCCGAUUCAUAAAGCAGCAAAAGUUGGGAGUUUGGAAUGUCUUGCUCUCCUUGUUGCUGGCGAUGCCAAAAUCGACUUGUGCAACAACAGUGGACAAACAGCAGCAGACCUCGCACUGGCUUACGGCUUUCUGGAAUGUGCCAAGUUCCUGACAACAAUUCAGCACAUGCAGACCAUGAAACUGAGAGGACAGUUGGGCUGCUCACUCGGUGACAAACCCAGCUUGCUGGGAGAGGAGCCAGCUGCACAGAAGCAAGAAAGUGAAACCAGCAGAUCAAUAAGCAGGAAGAGGAGAAGAUCAGAUGGUGUGUAAUACUGUUGCUUUACUGCAAUUCAGAGUAUUUUUAUUUAUUUUUUUAAUGCUUUUAGCAUUUAAGUAAAUAAAUGGGGUGUUAGAUACAUAGCAUUUAGAAGCCUGCUAGUAUGGAUCAACUUGCAUAGGUAUUUAAGGUUAUGGUCUUAUUGAAGAUGGACAGCACCUGGGGAAAA